GCCUGGAUGACGUUCGCCUGUGUUUUUGUCGUGUGAACUUUUAUAUGGAGAAUAUUUUGUGAUAACGCAAUAUUAGAAACGUAAAAAAAUAAACAAAUACGCGAAAUUUGUGGAACGUUUAGUGCCGACUCUUAAUUUAUUAUGGUGCAUUGUUAUAAUUGUCACUAGAUAAAGUCAGAAGGAUAGGUGUCUGAUAGUGAUUGUGUCCUAUCAUAUUUAAUAUAAUACGUAAAAUGUGUGCUUACAAUGAGUGUUAGUGAUGUGAAAAAAGUGAACAGAAAUGGGUGUCAGAAUAAAACAUCCGUUCAAAGAGAAAUAUUAUAGUUGCCCACCAAAAUGGAUAUGAUUUCGGAUCUAUCGCCAUUAAGUCCGGGUUUGAUAGACGAGUUGGAGGCUUUCAUGGCGCCGGUGAGUGAAGGCUGCUUCCCGCCGCAGCCGCUCGACGCUCGGCGAGUGGGCGGCCACCAGCUACCAGAAAGCCCACCAGACUCCGGCUCCGAGAACCCCUACAGCCCAGACACCCAGGUCUCCCACACGAUCUCGGUAUCCCAGACCAUCUUGGGCCCAGACUACAUGCUAGUACCUGAACAUCUGAACAUCCACGAGGUGCUGCAAAAUGGUGAAUACAUUUACGAAGAGUUAAAAGACAAUCUGGAUGAUGUAGUGGUGAUGCCAGAGAGCGAUCUGGGACUAAGAACGGUCCGCCACGAGAUGCUGCCGGAGACGGUGUACCAGAACAGAUACAACCAGAUGAGGAUGGAGAUGGAAAUGGACCCGGGGAUAAUGACGCCGAUCGUGCUCGGCCACGAGGCGCCAGUGUACACUAACCUGCAGGAACCGAGCGGGAAGAAGAGGAAGCUGUCGCAGGAUGUGAAUUCGCAAGUUAAAUGCGAGCCAGCUGCGCUAUCGCCGGAGACGAUAGCCCGUCCCCCCCCUUCGGUGGACGGGUCGGAGGCGGGGGACGACGCACCGCAGCAGAGCAUACGAUUCGCCACCUUCCAGCAGACCGCUUGGCAUGCCUUGUUCGACGCCAACUUGAAGCCCAUCGCCACGCCCUCUUACGUAGUCGGGGCGGAUAAGGGUUUCAACUACUCCCAAAUAGACGAGGCUUUCGUCUGCCAGAAGAAGAACCACUUCCAGGUGACCUGCCAGAUGCAGGUGCAGGGCGAGCCGCAGUAUGUGAAAACUGUGGACGGUUACAAGAAGAUCAGCAACUUCUGUUUGCAUUUUUAUGGCGUGAAGGCCGAGGACCCGAGCCAAGAAGUGAGGAUCGAGCAGAGUCAGUCGGACAGGACAAAGAAACCUUUCCAUCCUGUACCGGUGGAGCUGCGUCGCGAAGGGGCAAAAAUAACUGUCGGGCGAUUGCACUUCGCCGAAACGACGAACAACAACAUGCGGAAGAAGGGCAGACCCAACCCUGACCAGCGGCAUUUCCAACUGGUGGUAGCCCUCAAAGCUCAUACCGGUUCAGCCGCGCACAUUGUCGCGGCGCAGGCCAGCGACAGGAUCAUUGUUCGGGCAUCAAACCCUGGACAGUUCGAGUCGGAUUGCUCAGAGAACUGGUGGCAGAGGGGCAUGUCUGAGAACAGUGUACACUAUAACGGGCGUGUUGGCAUCAACACCGACCGACCGGACGAGUCCUGUGUUAUUAAUGGUAAUCUAAAAGUCAUGGGCCACAUAGUGCACCCGUCGGACGCGCGGGCGAAACACGACAUACAAGAGCUGGACACCGCACAGCAGUUGAAGAACGUGCAGAGUAUACGGGUGGUCAAGUUCAACUACGACCCGUCGUUCGCGGCGCACUCGGGGCUGGUGGGCUGGGACCCGGUGCGCGGCGCCGCCGACACGGGCGUGCUCGCGCAGGAGCUGCGCGCCGUGCUGCCCGACGCCGUAAAGGAGGCAGGCGACGUCACGCUGCCCAAUGGCGACACCAUACACAAGUUCCUCGUGGUGAACAAGGAUCGAAUCUUCAUGGAAAACCUCGGCGCCGUGAAGGAACUGUGCAAGGUGACCGGCCACCUUGAGUCUCGUAUAGAUCAAUUGGAGAAGAUCAAUAGGAAGCUGUGCAAGAUCAGUGCGUUGCAGCGCAGGGACAGCUCGCGGUCCAGCGCCAGUAAUGAUUCCCGAUUCUCAGGCAUAUCGGCAUCGUCGAAAUCGUUUUACAGCGAUGGCAACAUUUCCAUAGACCAAAUACGCGAUAUAGCGCGCAGUAUCCGCCGCCACGAGUGUUGCCACAAGCUCAGCCACAACUCCCCGAAAUACACGCGAAAACAGUGCAAAAACUGCCACGUCUACUCCAAAUAUGGGAAAUAUUAUAAUUACAAUAAGAGUUCCGUCCGUUAUCACUCAAAUAAGUCGGAGAAAUCGGAAAAUAACGACAGCAACUUCCCAACUUAUGUUAGCACGUUCGAUUCGAGUCCGCCGAAGUUGCCAGAUGAGAAUUUUAGUACGCUAUCGAAGAAGAAAGAUUCAUGCAUGUGGUUGAGGGAUGAGGACAGUUUUGGAUACGGCAACAUGGUCUGCUGUAGGAAGAAAGUCGGCUAUGAUGGCAAUGAAUUGAUUUCGAAUAAAUUUCUGCAGAUUGUUAUAACAAUAUUGAUAUUUAUCAUGGCUGUAUGUCUGGUCGUGAUGUCGGCGCUAUACUUCAGGGAACACCAAGAGCUGCUCUCCAUGAAGGAAAUACGGAUGCACGAGAAAUUCUCAAACUACCCGCACUACGGGAAGUUUAACGUCAACGGUGUUCCGCACCGGGCAACACCGCCGGACCUUAAUCAAAUACAUAAUUCAAAACCGCAGCAUAUAUCAACGAAAAAAGCAGCAAAAGAAAAGUCCCCCCACAAAAACCCGGAGUAUACGUCACUCGACCCCCCACCGCCGACGCCCACCACUAUACACGCCUCCAGGAAUUACGUCAAAAACGUGCUGCAUAUAGAUCAAGGCGCUGUGCCCCCCCGUCGAGGCCCCAUUACACUGACACGCGUUGCUGACGUCAUCGGUGGCGGCUGCGCCUACACUGGCAACACUGACAACGAGCUGGACGCGGAUUGCCAGUCUUCAUGCGGCCUUGACGCACCACAAAUGUAUGAAAACCAAGAACCGCUGGAGAGAACGAAACCAGACAAGGUCCUGAACGAAACCUAUUCAUUGGAGCCCAUCAUCAAAGAGAAAGUCAUAACUCCAGCUAUAGCCAAGAAUAAUUCGGAGAUAAAGAAUCUAAAGCAGCAGUUCAAAGAGGAGAUUAUAGCUGAAUCGAACUUUCUGGACGCCAAGAACAUAAGCGAAGUCAGGAUGAAAAGGGAAGUUGGCGUUGAGGGUGGGGGUCUGCUGAAGACCAGCUCGGAGGAGAUGGUGCUCGGACAGUCGGAUGAGAGUGGCACAGAUUGCGACACAAUAUCGAUCGGCGUGUCGAACCCCUCCAUACAAAACGCGUCGCUGCUGACGGAGACACUCUGCGGCGCCGCCAACGUCAGCCUCGCGCUGCCGCUCUCGCACUGCCUGCAUCACAAGCACCUGGACGUUACGUUCCGGACUCAAAAACUGCGCGAGCUGCGGCUCUGCGAUCUCCAGUGCAAGUACGACAGCGCUAAGAACUGCCAACUGAACAGAGAGCUCGCGAAACCGCUGUACACACCACACGGGUGGGUUUCCAAGAUGACGCUGGACUGCAACAUGGAUCGGACGAUGGUCGUGCGGGGCGGUUAUGCGCUGAUGAAGGAUCUAUGCUAUUUGAAGCCGGACAAAAUUGAAUUCAUCGAAUUCAACAUCCACAUUUACAGAGAUUGCCAUAAUUAAAAUUAUAUCCUUUAUGGUAGGAAAUAGUAGAAACCAUUCCCAAAGUGCAAUUAACUAACCGUGUCCGUCCUAAACAAUAAGAGAAUGUACAUUAUUAUUUGGCAUUACGUGUAUAAUUUGUUUAAAAAAUGCCUUUAACAUAUGAGUCAUAUUUUUAACUUUAUUUAAAUGAAAAAUAUUUAAAGAAUAAAAAUCGCAUGAGGACGUUUUUUCUGCUUCUUGAAGUUUUUUUCACAUAAAUUUAAUUGCAUAAAACAAUGAAGGCAUUAUAAUAGAAAUUUUUUUUUUUAAGAUUAAUGAAAAGUAUUUGUUUGCACUUUCAUUGUAAAAGCAAAGAUUUCGAUCACAAAUGAAAUCACAAUAUUAUUAUUUUAAUAUUAUGUUUAUGUAAUGCAAUUGAAUUGAUUUAUAAGACUUUUGAGUCUGGCAACCAGAAUAUUGUACACGGGUGGAUAAUUUUGCUUUAGUUAUAUUUAUGAAACGGACUUUAAAAUCGAUAUUUCCUUUUGUAUAAUAAUAACAAAGCGGAAGAGUUUAAACGCGCUAAUCUCAGGAACGGCUGGAGCGAAUCGAAAAUUCACUCACCGUUGGAUACGUGAGUACGUAGUUUACAGUUGCAAUAGCUUCAUUUUUGUUAUGCUUAUGUAUUCUAGAGCAUAUUUAUAAAAUUACAUCAAAAUCGGUGUAGACAAUUCGGAAGACAGACGAUGUAGUAGUAACAACAAACUUAAAAAUGUAAAAUACAAGAAUUUUUUUAUUUAUUAUGGUCAUAUAACGCAAUUCUUCAUAACAAAAUUUUUUUUUUAAGAAUGAAGGCUGGUCCUUUAUUUUUUAAUUUAAAAUAGUAUCUUUAAAUAAAUACCAUGCAUGUAUUUUAUCGACAAUAUAGUCAUUUUAAAGUCGGUUUUAUCAAAUACGAGCUCUGCGCCUCUAGCUUUGCCCGCGCAGUCAAAGAUAAACUUAGACUGAAACUUAGACUGAGGUCCGGGGUUUCCCGCGCAUAGUUCUCAUGGGAUUUCCGGGAUAAUAACUAUAUUAUGUUCAUUAUCAUGUUUUAAAUAUCUCUGUUACAAUAUUCAUCCAAAUGAGCCCAGUAGUUGUUGAGAUUAGCGCGUUUAAGCAAACAAGCAAACUCUUCAUAAUCGCAAGAACAUUCCAAUUGUUAACCAAUUUCAAAAAAGAAGUCCAAGAAAGAUUUAUGAUUAUAUCUUUCAUUAACGUACCUGUAUCUUAUUGAUGUAUUAUUGGUAAGUAUUAUGUAUAGUCUGUGUCGUAAUUUAUGGCUUUUAAAAUUAAUUUAACUUCAAACUUUAAAGCUUAUGUUUUUUGUCUAAAUUGUCUAAAUAAUAUGUUUCAUUUCAUUAUCUUGUAUAUGUCAAUGUUGUAACAGAAAAAAAGAAAACAAAUCAUUCUGGUCGUCUACAAGAAGUUUAUAUAUCAAUAAACAUGUUCAAAAGAAAUCAAACAUACAUGAAGAGCCAUCAAAUUUGGCACGGACUAUAUUAAAUAUAUGCGAAUAAGAUGUUGCUUUAAAAAUCGGUGGUAGCUGUCUUAGUUAUUUUUAUGUACAGAGCUUUUAUUUUAUUGUUUUGUUUUUUUGUUUUCAUUAUUUACUUUAUUACAAUUCACUCAAUAAGCUUUAUUUAAUGAGAUUUAGAUGUUAGUUUGGCUUUUCAAUCAGCAAUGUUCCUCAUGAAAUAAUAUAUGAUAUUUAAAAACAAAAGAAAGUGAAUUUUUGUAUGUGUCAACAUAUAACACAGAGUGAAACGAUUUAUAAUUAUUAUUUUAUUUCAUAAAGUAGUCGUAUGACUAAACUUUUCGUUAUUUCGAUGUUAAUUAUGACAUUUAGAACCGGUUUCAACACUUGCUUGUGGCGUACAUUCAUUGUUAGUCCUUCCAACUGACAGAUUUGACAGAUUGUAAACAACAUGUAAUUUUGACACCAGUCAUUAUAAUACUAGAAUAAGUGAAAAAUAAAGAUGAUUAAGGACGAUUUAAAUCUGUCUAUUAGAUAUGUAUUAGCUGAUUUUUUUAAAUUCAUAUUUAAUUGCCACAUUUUCAUAAGUACUACAUUUAUAAUAACAAAGUAUUUUCUCCUAAGUUAUAACUUAUAAGUAUUAUUUUUAUUUUCAAGCAUUCCUUACAUGUACUUAAUUUAUUUAUUUACAUUCUAUUGAACAUUUACAUCACAUUUUUACAUCAUAAAGUAAUUGUUAUAUCCUUAAAUCCAUACAUAUAAAAUAAUCAAUGUUUAACUUAGUUUCCAGUUAUUUAAGUUAGAAUAAAGUAAUGGUAAUUUUAAAUUCAUAAGUGUUAACAAGUAAGGGAUUAAAUUAAAUCACUUUACAAAUUAUAUUAGCGAAUUAAAUCUCCUAAUUAGAUAAUAAUCACAUUUUUAGAUAAAUUGUAGGUAUUCAGUGAAAAUAUUUUUAUAACAUCUAUAAGAAUCUCAUUAUUAUCAGUAAAUGUAAUUUUAGUAGUCUUAAUAAUAAGUAUAUUGAUUCUCACUGUCACAGUCCGAUGCUAAGCACCAUUUUUUGCAUUUCUGAAAUGAUUAAGGGCAGAUUUCAUCAUACCAAUAAUCGUUACGUCAUUAUGGAUACGACAAAUAAAAAAAGCACGUAGAGAAAGGAUUCUAUCGGGAAAUGUCUUAUUUUACAGUGAUUUUAAUACAUAAAGCGUUCAUUUAUUGUGUUAUAAAAUAAAAUAGUUAAUAUUAUUGCAAUCUUUAUGUGCAUUAAAACACCUUUCCAGAAAACAUCAUACUAUCUUUGAGAAACGCAAAAAUCUUAGAUUAUAAAAGUAGAGUUUCUUGCCAUACAAAAAUUAUAAUGGUAGUUUUUAGUAGAAUAUGCUUGAUUAUAAUUUUUUUGACAAGCGAAAAUUAUUUUUAGAUAGGUAUUAUUUUUACGUAUCAGUGUUUGUCGGUGCUUUGUUUUUUGUAUAAUUUUGUACAAUACAACAUGUUUACUAUAGUAUUGUACAAUAGUUGAAUUAUCGAAUUUAAUUUAAACAUUCCACAUGUGUAUUAGGAAUUUUGUAGAAUUGUAGAAAAGUUUUUAAUCGAGUUUGUAUUUAUGAUUAUUAUGAGAUAUAAGUAAGUUAUUGUAAUACGCUAUAAACCAAUUUUUAUUUGUAUAGUUUGGUGUCAUUUUGUCAAUUGUUUUUGGCAAUGAAUUGGUUUUGUAUACAUAAAUAGUUUUUAGUUGUAAUUAUAUUCAGAAUUAAUUUAAUGACAAUACUUUAUUGCCAUGUAAUAAAUUGAUGAUUUUCGUUUGUUAUUUUUCCUUUUGUCUUUUGUUUUGUAGUUGGUAAUAUAAAACAUCGCAAUAAUUAGAACUCGACAUAGAUUGCCUCCUUAGCUUAUAAUUAAAACGUAAGUUUAUAUAAUUUUACAGCGAUACACGGAUGUGAAUGUGCAGGCGCCAUUUUGUCAAAAUUUCAAGUGUCAAUUUGAAAUUUUGUUGACUUUUACCGCCUUUUUUAAAUGUCCGUGUUUAGCUAUAGUUGUAAUGGGCUGUAAUCUCAAAACUAUAAGUAUCAACAAAUUUUAAUUGUGUAAGAAAUAAAUUACUUUUUAGAAGUAAAA